UGUUUGCUUCUCCUUUUGAGAUGAUUCUGGUUUGGGUUGUACAGAGUCAGUUGUCUUUGAUUUCACUCCAUUUCAAAUGGGUUUUCUUCUAUUUCUAUUUUCUACAUUCUUUCAUGCAACCCAUACGGAUUUGAGAGUUGAUGCCUGUUAGUAUUUUUACAUGGGUUUAUGAGUUUAUAGAUUUGAUAUCAGCUUAAAAGGGUCUUGGGUUUUGUUGUGGUUUACACGGAGAGUGGAUUUUGGGCUUUGUCUUUUGUUUUCAGCUUGAUUGUGUGCAGAAUUUCAUGUGGGGUUUCGCGAUUUCAAUUUGUAUGAACACAGCAUGACGUUGGCCUCUACAUUUUAGGCAUAAAUCUCUAUGAAUAUCUCUGAGUUGAUUCUGAUAUGUUGUUCCCCAGAUUUCAAUUCCGCUUCACGUUUUUGGAACCAUUUUGUUGGUUUUCAAACUUCAACGGUAAAAAGAAAAUAUAUAUAAUUAUAUAUAGGGUUUGGAACUUGAAACUUUAAACAGCACACAAGAGGGUCUUGGUGGUGUGAAUCUUUGAUCUUUUUAAGCUUUAAAAAAGAAAACAAAGAAACAGAGAAAUCAGAGAGGGAAAGAUAAAGAAAUAGGGAGGGGGUGAGGGUGGAGUCAGAUUUGUGCUUGUGGGUGUCUCUGGUUUGAGUAUUAUUUAGUGAUGAGAGUCUGUUGGCUAUGUCUCCUUGGCUGACUGGGUGCACCCGGGGUCCGUGGGCGCUGCCGUCGACCAAGGAAACAAUCACUUCUCUGGCUCUCUUGUUAUUUAAGAGAACCCCUGCUUAAAAAAUUGCACUACCCCAUUUGCUCUCUCUCUCUUUCACACAGACUCUUUACCUCCAUUCUGGUCAAGAUUCGGUCAUAGUUGUGGCAUAUAUCCUCUCUUUGAUCCCUUUUUCUUCCCUUGAAACUGUGAAAGUUGGGCACAUUCGGAAAUCUGGUCCCCACACCUGGGGGAUUCCUUUACGUCUCUCUGAAAUCAUUUCUCCAUUCAGGCAAACUUGGAUCAUCAGGAGUGUGCCAUGGCAACCAUGAGAUAUCUGAUUUUGCAGUGAUUAUUUGAGUCUUGGGGACACCUGGUUUGAAGUAUUGGAGGAGAAUCAUAAGUGGAUCCGCUGCUUGCCAAGAUGAAGUUUAUGAAGCUUGGAUCAAAGCCAGAUUCCUUUCAGACUGAUGGAAACAGUGUUAGGUAUGUGGCAUCAGAGUUGGCAACUGACAUUGUGGUUAAUGUAGGGGAGGUGAAGUUUUAUCUGCAUAAGUUUCCAUUACUGUCCAAGAGUGAGUGCUUGCAAAAAUUGGUUGCAGCCACAAAUGACGGAAACAGUGAUGAAGUCCACAUUCCUGAUAUUCCUGGCGGGCCCUCUGCCUUUGAGAUAUGUGCCAAGUUCUGUUAUGGUAUGACUGUCACCCUCAAUGCUUAUAAUGUUGUUGCAGCUCGUUGCGCAGCUGAGUAUCUAGGGAUGCAUGAGACUAUUGAGAAAGGGAACCUCAUCUACAAAAUUGAAGUUUUCCUUAACUCUAGCAUUUUUCGUAGCUGGAAGGAUUCUAUCAUUGUUCUUCAAACCACAAAGUCUCUUUUACCGUUGUCCGAGGACCUCAAGGUGAUCAGCCACUGCAUUGACUCUAUAGCUUCCAAAGCUUCCAUUGAUGUUUCCAGGGUGGAUUGGUCCUAUACCUAUAAUCGGAAGAAGCUCCCAGAGGAAAAUGGUACUGAUCCAAAAUGGAAUGGUGUUGGAAACCGUCCAGUGGUUCCAAAGGACUGGUGGGUUGAGGACCUUUGUGAGCUUGAAAUUGAUUUGUACAAGCGUGUUAUAAUGAGUAUCAAAACACAAGCAGUGAUUUCUCAUGAAGUGAUUGGAGAAGCAUUGAAAGCAUUUGCUCUCAAAAGGCUGCCAGGUUUCUCCAAGGGCAUGAUCCCAAAUGGAGAUACGGCCAAGUUUAGAUCAACAGUAGAUACAAUUGUGUGGCUUUUACCUGCAGAUAAAUGCAGUGUCUCCUGUAGUUUCUUGCUCAAGUUGUUAAAAGCUGCCAUUUUUAUGGAUUCAGGAGAGAGAGCAAAGAGAGAGCUGGUGAGGAGAAUAGGGCAGCAACUGGAGGAAGCCUCUGUGAAUGAUCUCCUGAUAAGAGCACCAGAAGGGGAAACUGCAAGGUAUGAUGUUGAUACAGUACAGCAAAUAGUAGAGGAGUUUCUGAUGCAAGAGCAGGAUGCUGAGAUUGAAUCAACAGCUGCCCAUGAGCUUCAGGAAGUAAGAAGGCCAGGGAUUUUAUCGGAUGCUUCCAAACUGAUGGUGGCAAAGCUGGUGGAUGGGUACCUUGCUGAAAUUGCCAAGGACCCAAAUCUACCUCUGUCAAAGUUUGUUGUAGCAGAGCUGGUCUCUGGUUUCUCUCGACCAGCUCAUGACGGUCUAUACCGAGCCAUUGACAUGUAUCUCAAGGAGCACCCUGGGAUCAGCAAGAGUGAAAGGAAGAGAAUUUGCAGGCUGAUGGACUGCAAGAAGCUAUCAGUUGAUGCAUGCAUGCAUGCAGUGCAGAAUGAGAGACUCCCCUUGCGGGUAGUUGUGCAGGUACUCUUUUUUGAGCAGGUCCGGGCCACCGCUACAUCAGGCAGCAGCACCCCUGACCUACCUAAAGGCAUCAAGGAUCUAAACAGUGCAUCCCACGGCAGCUCAAGGUCAGUAACAACCAACACAGAAGAAGACUGGGAUGCUGUGGCCACUCUGGAGGAGCUCAAGGCCCUCAAGGGGGAGCUAGCUUCCUUAAGGUUGGGCAAUGGAGUGGGAGCAAGUGAUCGUAACGGUGGAGACAGUAAAGGCAGCAUCGACAAGGCUGCCAUUAACAAAAUGAAAGGAUUGCUCAUGUCAAAGAAGAUCUUCACCAAACUCUGGUCAAGCAAAUCGGGACAAGGUGAGAAUAGCGGAUCAGAUUCAUCAGGGAGCUCUGGUUCUGCCAACCCAGAAGAAGCCAAAUCCACACCCUCCAGAAACAGGAGGCAUUCAGUCUCCUGAUACUACAAACGAAUUAUAUAGAACGGUUUUACUGGGUUUUUUUUUUCCUUCUCUUUUGGGGUUUAUGUUAGACUUAAAGCAAAAAUGAAGCAUAUAAUAGAUCGGAAGAAGAGCUUGGAAUUGAUUUUGCAGGGUAAGUGGUUUAGGCAACUAGUGGUUGUUGAAUGUUUUACAACUAAAUAUGAGUUUGAUGUAUGGUCCCUAGUCAUUGUAAACAGCAAUUGAGCUCUAUCAUUUCCAUUAUGGCAACUAGUAAAUUUGUAUUAUGUUUUUGUUCUUAGCCA